CAGAGCGGAAGAGGGAGAAGCCACCGGCAGAGAGCCAGCCAAUCAACCAAUCGCCCCCCGCCUGAGCAUCCGACGAGCGAUGGAAGCCGCCGCGGCCACCUCCUCCCCCCGCCUGACCCGCUCCGCCUCCCUCUCCGCCGCCCGCCUCCGCGGCUCCCGCGCCGCCAGGUUCCCGCCGUCGCCGCAGCUCUACCCGCUCUCCGCCGCACCGUCGCCGCGCGCCCUCCUCCCGCUCCGCCGCGCCAGGUCCGACGCCGACCUCGCGUCCUUCGCCAGAUCCGCCGUCCUCCUCCGCCACGCCCCGAUCCCGGCCACGGCCAUCCUCGAGGCCGACGAGGAAGAUGAUGGCCGCAGGUCCCCCGCGGGCCUCGGCCGCCUGCUCGACGGCGCCGGCGCCGGCAGGAACGGCGCCGACGGCGGACAAGGAGGCGGCGGCGGCGGCGCUGGCGACGGAGGGGGCGGCGGGCAGGGCAGCGGCUGCGACAUGGGCGAGUACUACCGCCGCGUGCUGCUGCUGGACCCCGCGAACCCGCUGCUGCUGCGCAACUACGGCAAGUACCUCCACGAGGUGGAGGGCGACCUGGCCGGCGCCGAGGGCUGCUACGCGCGGGCGCUGCUGGCGUGCCCCGGCGACGCCGACCUGCUCAGCCUCUGCGGCCGCGUCAUCUGGGAGGCGCGCCAGGAGAAGGACCGCGCCGAGGCCUACUUCGAGCGCGCCGUGCAGGCCGCGCCGGACGACUGCUACGUGCUGGGAUCGUACGCGAGCUUCCUGUGGGACGCCGAGGAGGACGACGACGAGGCGGCGCCGGCAGCCACCACCCCAGCGGCUGUCGCGGCACCUGCGGCGCCGUGCGACUCCCCGGCGUUGGUGCCCGCGUGCUGAGCGCAUUCGCCGGUGGACCGGCCGGUUCUUCGCUUGAUCGAUCUACGGGUUGCUACAGUAUUACUGUACCAUAGGAGGACGCGGCCCGGAUCGGACGGCGGCGGAUGGAGCUCCCGUGCUCGGUAGCGUGGAUCAGCUGGCACCGCCCAGCCGCCGCCGACGGAUCGCCGUCCAAUCCGGCCAGAAAUAACGAGGAGCCUAGCCGGGGGGGGGGGGGGGGGGGGGGGGGCAGUAGUGAUCCGGUGCGGGGGUUGUUCCGAGUCGACGGCGCGAUGGCAAAUGAGAUAGACGGUGGCAGCAGCGACACGCCGACACGGCUGUCCGGAGCUGGCUGGCGCGGCCAUCGCUUCAGUCAGAGGCGUCGACGAGAGCUUCGUUUCCCUUCAUCAAUUACUAGUACUGAUCGACAUGUGUAUAGAGCGGCCUUGUACUUACUAAUCUAGCUUGAUGAAUAACACAACUUACUGAUGACUAUCUAGCCGGUAGUUACUGUGCCAUUUCA